AUGGAAGGCUUGAUGAGGUUCGUCAACCACGACUGUGAACCCGUGGCCAAGUUCGUCGAGGUCGGGAAUGGUCGCCGAACAACGGUGGUGGUGGUCACCACGGAGAGAGUGCGUCGGGAUCAAGAGAUAACUGCGGACAAUGAUGCUGGAGCGUUGCGUGUCGCCACCUUGACAUUCAGGAUGAGUGUGAUCGAUGAGACUGCGAAGUCGUCAUGCUUGAAGACGUAG